UGCUCAGUCUCCGGGCCAUGGACAGAGCUCAGCAUCAGACUGUUCAUCAUGCUGGUGGACAGGCUGGACCGCCAGUCUGACUUGAUGUGCUUCAUGGCCGAGAACCCUUGCUCACAGCUGUAUGAGCUCAUGGGAAAGACCAGCAUUAUCUCUACCAUUACCCUGAUGUGGGAGGACUGGUCUGGCCUCCCAACAGUAGCUUGCAGCAGGCGCUGCCACAGCACCUGUGGCGGUGGACAGCUACCUUGAGCUCCAGCCACUCACGUGUUGCAUCUGUGGAGGACUUGAAGUCCUCACAUGCCUCCAGGAUGUGGCUAAAGUGGUCUGUAAACAACUUCAGCUCCUCCAGACCAAAUAUAGCGAGUACAUCGAGGUCAUCUGGCCAGCUGGAGUGGUCAAAGAGAGGGGAGGCUGCUUUCAAGAUUCCCAUUUCCAGGUUUCCAAAAUGCUGAGACACUAAAUGACAGACAUCAUCCACAAGCUUCUCUCUCACUUCCCUGAAGGCAGCGUCGUCAUUUUCUUUUCUGCAGUGGCACAUUUCUGAAGGUCUUCUCUGAUCCAACAUCCUCCAGGAACUGUUGGAGUCUUAGUCCAGGGGACCUCUGAUCUCAGAGACACGUCAAGAUGAUGCCCAAGUUGGGGCUUGACAUUUUGGGGCAUUCAUCAUUGCCCGACAAGGUAACACAUUCACCCUGUAGUAACUAGCUUUAUACAACGGGUGGGUCUAAUCCUGGAUGCUGAUUGGUUAAAACCGUAUUCCAGCCGGUGUCUAUUCCACAAGUUACCACCGGCUAAAGCUAUGACAUUGAAAUGCCUAUUUACUCUGUUCCAUCUCACUGCGCAAUCCACUGUCUCACCAGCCCAGCCAGGCAAGUUAUAAACUUGAUCUCCACUAUAAAAAGCAUCUAGACAUUAUCUCCCAUUUCUUUUAGGCUAGCAUUUGGUUUUCAACAGCAGAGAUUUGUAUAAACUUUGUCUGUUUCUCUGACAUUUGCAACAUUGUUUCAAUGUUGAAAUUAAAUCUCAGCAGGUCAAAAUCAUGAAUCAGCUGGCAUAAUUUUUAUGGAUAUAUACAAAGAAAUGUCAAUAGAAAACAGGGAAAACGAAACGAGAUGCAGCUAGUUUGCGGUCUUUCCAGCUUCAAUUUGAAGUUUUAGCUGUGUUGUUGGCUAGCUCCUCUGAACAACAGUGACCUGACGAGAGAGCACAUUUUCUAUGUCCAUAGAUACAGAAAAAAAUACUUAACGGCUGGGUUGCGUCUCUGGCAACCGAACCGAUAGCACGAACGACCAGCCGACUUGGGUAGCAACCAUAGAUUUGUGUCGGGACUAUAUCUCGUGGAAGAAUGAAAUGGUAUGAAUAAAUUCAUCAAUGUUUUGUAUGAAAAUGUCAAUCAUUAUUUGAAUAUGUUAUUAACCCGUUGUAUAAAAGUGAUAAUGCCCUUGAAGCCGGUGUUUGGAGGAUAUAUUGGCACAGUUUGCUGGCCUAACAACACCCAUGCCAAUAUAUCCUCCAAACACCGGCUUUUCAGGCGUUAUGACUUAAAUAACAUUAGCUAGCCAAAUAUGAAAGUUACUGAUCAGUCACAGCUCAAAUGUAGCUACCAUACACGUGGGCUAGUAAGCAAAGAUUUGUGGCUGUGUAGCUAGCUAAGUUAACGUUAGUCAGCUAUGCUCAGGAUGAGGCUGGUCAACCUACCUUAUCUACCUUGGCCUAGCUAGGCCAAAUGCUAGUUCUAAUUACCUGAGUGUUUGAAUUGACAUGAUGAUCUGCAGGCACGUAGUUAGACAGCGAAUGGAAGAGCUGUGAGAGCUAUCAGCCAGACGAAGAUUCCACAGCCACAUAGUCAAAAUUGGCAAUAUGGCGUGCCACUCAAACAACCCAAUGUAUUGUGUGUAGAUUAAGGACAUAAAAAAAAAAUCAAUUUUAGAAUAAGGCUGUAACAAAAUGUGGAAAAAGUCAAGGGGUCUGACUACUUUCCGAAUGCACUGUAUUCUUACCCCUUGACUUAGUCCACAUUUUUUUGUUGCAGCCUGAAUUAGAAAUGUAAUAAAUAUAUUAUUUUUCAACCAUAUGCACACAGUACCCCAUAGUGACAAAAUAAAAACAUGUUUUUAGAAAAUGUUGCACAUUUAUUGCAAAUUUAAUGCAGAAAUAUAACAUUUACAUAAGUGUUCACACCCCUGAGUAAAUGCAUGUUAGAAUCACCUUUUGCAGCGAUUACACCUGUGAGUCUUUCUGGGUAAGUCUCUAAGAGCUGCGCACACCUGGAUUGUACAAUAUUUGCACAUUAUGUCAAGUUGGUUGUUGAUCAUUGCUAGGCAGCCAUUUUCAAGUAAAUUUAAGUAAAAACUGUAACUAGACCACUCAGGAACAUUCAAUGUUGUCUUGGUAAGCAACUCCAGUGUAUAUUUGGCCUUGUGUUUUAGGUUAUUGUCCUGCUGAAAGGUGAAUUUGUCUGUCAGUGUCUGUUUGAAAGCAGACUGAACCAGAUUUUACUCUAGGAUUUUGCCUGUGCUGAGCUCUAUUCCGUUUCUUUUUAUCCCCCCCAAAAAACUCCCUAGUCCUUGCCGAUGACAAGCAUACACAUAACAUGAUGCAGCCACCACCAUGCUUGAAAAUAUGAAGUGGUACUUAGUGAUGCGUUGUGUUUAGAUUUGCGGCAUACAAAACGCUUUGUAUUCAGGACAUAAAGUUAGUUUCUUAGCCAAUGUUUUUGCAGUUUUACAUUAGUGCCUUAUUCCAAACAGGAUGCAUGUUUUGGAAUAUUUGUAUUCUGUGAAGGCUUCCUUCUUUUCACUGUCAUGUAUGUUAGUAUUGUGGAGUAACUACAAUGUUGUUGAUCCAUCAGUUUUCUCCUAUCACAGCCAUUCAACUCUGUAACCGUUUUAAAGCACCAUCCAAAGUGUAAUUUAGUAACUUCACCAUGCUCAAAGGGAAAUUCAAUGUCUACUUUUUUAUUUUUACCCAUCUACCAAUAGGUGCUCUUCUUUGCGAGCCAUUGGAAAACCUCCCUGGUCUUUGUGGUUGAAUCUGUUUGAAAUUCACUGCUUGACUGAGGGACCUUACCGAUAAUUGAAUGUGUGGGGUAAAGAGAUGAGGUAGUCAUUAAAAGGAAAUCUGUGCAAUUUAUUAUGUGACUUGUUAAGCACAUUUUUACUCCUGAACUUAUUUAGGCUUGCCACAACAAAGGGGUGACUACUUUUUGACUCAAGACAUUUCAGCUUUUCACUUUUUUAAUGAAUUUGUAAAAAUUUCUAAAAGCACACUUCCACUUUCACAUUAUCGGGUGUUUUUUGUAGGCCAUUGACACAAUCUCAAUUUAAUCCAUUUUAAAUUCAGGCUGUAACAAAGUCAAGGGGUGUGAAUACUUUCUGAAAGCACUGUAUAUUUAGCCUAGGUAUAAUUUUACAAGCCCUUAUUUCUUUAGAUUAUUCCUGACUGUUUGAAAUGCAUUGACCUUUUUUAAAAUGUAAAAAAAUAAUAUAUAUAUAUAUAUAUUAUUUUUUACAUUUUAAAAAAGGUAAAUGCAUUUCAAACAGUCAGGAAUAAUCUAAAGAAAUAAGGGCUUGUAAAUAUAUAUAUAUACACAGUGGGGAGAACAAGUAUUUGAUACACUGCCGAUUUUGCAGGUUUUCCUACUUACAAAGCAUGUAGAGGUCUGUAAUUUUUAUCAUCGGUACACUUCAACUGUGAGAGACGGAAUCUAAAACAAAAAUCCAGAAAAUCACAUUGUAUGAUUUUUAAGUAAUUAAUUUGCAUUUUAUUGCAUGACAUAAGUAUUUGAUACAUCAGAAAAGCAGAACUUAAUAUUUGUUACAGAAACCUCUUGUUACAGAAACCUCUUCAGGUCAUUGACCAGGUCCUGCCGUGUAGUUCUGGGCUGAUCCCUCACCUUCCUCAUGAUCAUUGAUGCCCCACGAGGUGAGAUCUUGCAUGGAGCCCCAGACCGAGGGUGAUUGACCGUCUUCUUGAACUUCUUCCAUUUUCUAAUAAUUGCGCCAACAGUUGUUGCCUUCUCACCAAGCUGCUUGCCUAUUGUCCUGUAGCCCAUCCCAGCCUUGUGCAGGUCUACAAUUUUAUCCCUGAUGUCCUUACACAGCUCUCUGGUCUUGGCCAUUGUGGAGAGGUUGGAGUCUGUUUGAUUGAGUGUGUGGACAGGUGUCUUUUAUACAGGUAACAAGUUCAAACAGGUGCAGUUAAUACAGGUAAUGAGUGGAGAACAGGAGGGCUUCUUAAAGAAAAACUAACAGGUCUGUGAGACCCGGAAUUCUUACUGGUUGGUAGGUGAUCAAAUACUUAUGUCAUGCAAUAAAAUGAAAAUUAAUUACUUAAAAAUCAUACAAUGUAAUUUUCUGGAUUUUUGUUUUAGAUUCCGUCUCUCACAAUUAAAGUGUACCUAUGAUAAAAAUUACAGACCUCUACAUGCUUUGUAAGUAGGAAAACCUGCAAAAUCGGCAGUGUAUCAAAUACUUGUUCUCCCCACUGUGUAUAUAUAUAUAUAUAUAUAUAUAUAUAGUGAAUCACCCAUAAAUUUGAAAAAAUAUGUAGAUUUCUUUUAGGCCAUAUCGCCCAGCCCAAUGUUCUAGCAUCUAGCUAGCCUCAGCCAUGUCUCCAGCUAGCCUUUAUUUCCUGAAGAGCUAAAGAGGGAGCUGUUACUGGAGAGAAUUCUCCAUAGCCUCACCAAUCUGCAAAGGCUUUUUCCACUAGCAGGCUUUUGUUACCGAGCCAUCUGAGACGAAGUCCAUCCAUGCAGCGGCGUUAACAAUAACGUAGACUGUUGUUUCUAUGCCAAGGUACACUGAGAUUGUGAAUAAUUCAACAAUACUGGGUAGCUAAUAAUAACACACAUGUAGCAUAGGCCAUGAAAUGUGUUGGCCCUCUCCAUCCAGAGCAGAAUAAAGUUGUAUGGUUUCUCACUUAAAUCAGAUUUAUUCGUCAUUGCACAGUUCUCAUGAACCUAUUUAUAACCUAGUUCUCUCUGAGGAGGAGUUGCCUGACACAGAGAAGCUGUCAGAACUUUUGAUGCUGCUCAGAACAUGGCUUCUCCUCCAGGCCCAUCUGUCUGUCUUGCCUCUCCAGGGUCUCACUGCUCUCUGUGUGGGCAUCUGCCCAGCCCUCUCGGCUUUGAUGGAAAGGGGCUACACCUAUUCCUUAGGAUGUUGGAGAAACGUUGCCUCAAGUUUUGUUAAACCACAUCCACCAUGAAUGAAGAAGUGGUUGGUAGCUUAGCUCAGUCUUUUAUUCUACUGGUCUAAACAGGUUGCAUUACAACUGCUUGUCAUUUCACAUACAACAAACAUUUGUAGGCUAAUUGUAGCAAUUUGGCCCCCUCCUGUUGCAAAUUAAUUUAGGCAGUAGUAGAGUGAUAGGCACUAUAUUGCAUCUAAAGAUAUCAAACAUCUGUAGCUCUCUGUGGAUAGCUCUCUGUGGAUGACAUCAUUAGUGCAUAAGAGAAAAUUGAGUGUAACCUUCCCCUCGCUCGCUCUCUCUAGACUCUGGUGGAGUAUGCUGGUCGAUGGAGGAUGGAGGAGGAGCCCCUGCCCCUGGUGGAGGUGUAUACAGUGGCCCUGCUGAGCUAUGCCCAGGCCUCCCCCUGCCUCUCCUCCCAGUGUGAAAACGUCCCCCUUGUACUUGAACGUCUCUCACUGUGAGUAUGCCUGUCUUAUUGGUGAAGGGGUUUAACCUGCUUGUUGUUCUCCAUGUAAGAUCAGUACCCAUGAGAUUUUUAGAAGAACAUAAUUUGAAAUGCACAUCAGAUGAAUUACUGUACUAUACCUUAUUUCAGAUGUAGAAUUGUAUCGUAUAAAACAUUGGUUAAAGUUAGCUAACACCACCUCCAGCUAUUUGUUUUACAGUGCUUUGUUAUGAUUCUUGAUCAUUACCAAUCAGACGUGCCUUUAUUCUUCAGAUGAUCAUGUUUAAAUCACUGCACAAAAUAAAGGCUUUAGUCAUCAUGAAAUGAGCUGUUUGGGUGGCUCAUUUGAUUUCAUAUUGGUUGUUCAGGAGCUGUGUAGAGCUGCUGCUCUCCCUGCCAGAACAUUUCCCAGAUGCCUUGUGGGAAGAGUUCAAGUCAUCUGUUCAGGUAAAAUGCUUAGUCAUGUCACGCAGAGGAUGAAAUGUUUCCUUUUUAUUUUCAAUGCGAUAUUGAUGUAAACUACCCUGUAGGAUUACUGUAUUACUUCAUCUGUUCAGGAAACAGUCUUUUAAGAUAAGAUACCAUUUUUUGGUCUGUUUUUGAGAUAAUAUUGUGUGUGUUGCAAGGAUGCACCACUAAUUUUCUCCUUAGUACUCAUGCGUAAUUGCUUCUUAAAGUACCUACGGCUUUGAGAAUACUGUAACUGAGUGAAUCCUGUGUGUUGCAGUCAGCCCACUCCCAGCUGAAGGAGAAUGGCAUCACACAGCUGGCCCUCCUGUCUGCCGUGGCCCAGGAGACUGGUGUGUGGACCAACAGCACCCUGCACAGUCUCCUCUCUAACGAGUCGCCACAAACAGAGGAGGGUGAGUGUUCUUUUACCACUGUAAAGAAAGAAAUCCCUGUGCACAACAGUGCGUCUAGAUCCAGGAACAACUUUGGAUACUAGUUGUUAUUCAAGUCUUGUACAUUUGAACCAGCAUUUUAUAUCAGAAUUGUAUUUGUAUUGUCUCUGUACGAAUCUGAAUAUCCUCUUCUUUAGUUCACAAGUUCCUUCAACUGGAGGGACCCAUUCUUCUGGAGAUGAGAGUAAAGCACCUUAUCAAGGAGAACCACAUGGAGAGGGCUGCACUGCUGGCAAGGGCUUGUGCAGAGUGUCCUGAGUUUGAAGGAAAAGGGCACUUUAAGCAGAUGUACCUGGUCUGCCUGUGCUCUGCCUCAGCACAGGAACCACUAAUGGAGGAGGUAGGUUGGGACAGUCUGCUAGAAACAGGUUGGGUCCUAAAUGGCACCCUAUUCCCUAUAUAGUCCACAACUUUUGAACAGGACCCAUAUAUAUUUUAAUGAUUUAACUGUCAGGCCUCCGUGGAUUCAUUGCACCAAUCAGAAUGGCUCUGUCCUCUAUUGUUUUUUAGUAUAUACAAUUGAGACUUUUGUCCACAAGAGGGCAGGCCAUUCAAUGGAAAAAAUGUAUAUGCAGCUUGAGGCAGACAAGAGGAAACUGUUGGAUACCACAUUGAAAUAUCAUUUGAAUGCAAUGUAUCUCUUCCUUUUUAUCGACAGCUCUCCAAGGUUGAUUGCCGUGAUGCACUAGAAAUGAUCUGUAACCUGGAGUCGGAAGGGGAUGAGAGGGGAGCCUUCAGCCUAUGCUCUGCCUUUCUAACACGUCAGCUUCUCCAAGGAGACACUUACUGUGCCUGGUAAGAUCACAGCGCUACAUUUCUUGCAUUAAAGCCCACCCCUCCUAUCUCUGUUUGACAUAUGAAAUGUAUUAAUAUUGUGUUAUUACCCAUUUCAAUUUAAAAUACAGUAGUAACAAAAUAAACGCACUGCACAAUCUCUUCUUUAGUUCUUCAGAUAAUUCAGGUAUUAUAGAAUAUAUAUAUAUAUAAUUAUUGUUAUUAAGAUAGUUUGUUUAUAUCUUUCCUCUCCAGGGAGCUGACACUGUUUUGGAGCAAACUGCUGAAGCGGAUGGAGUCAUCUGUAGAGACGUUCCUGGACAGAUGUCGUCAGAUGUCUUUGCUGUCCACAACCGUCUUCCACAUCCUCUUCUUCAUCAAAGUCAUUCAAUCAGAGGUAAGCUUCUGCCCUGAUACAUUCAUUAUUUCUAGGUGUAUGUAGACUGAAAAACAUGGCACGCUGUUUUUUUUUGCGUUGUGUAGCCAGAACUCCACCCCUAUUGUUCUACAGUGAGGGGAAAAAAGUAUUUGAUCCCCUGCUGAUUUUGUAUGUUUGCCCACUGACAAAGAAAUGAUCAGUCUAUCAUUUUAAUUGUAGGUUUAUUUGAACAGUGAGGGACAGAAUAACAACAACAAAAUCCAGAAAAACGCAUGUCAAAAAUGUUAUAAAUUGAUUUGCAUUUUAAUGAGGGAAAUAAGUAUUUGACCACCUCUCAAUCAGAAAGAUUUCUGGCUCCCAGGUGUCUUUUAUACAGGUAAUGAGCUGAGAUUAGGAGCACACUCUUAAAGGGAGUGCUCCUAAUCUCAGCUUGUUACCUGUAUAAAAGACACCUGUCCACAGAAGCAAUCAAUCAAUCAGAUUCCAAACUCUCCACCAUGGCCAAGACCAAAGAGCUCUCCAAGGAUGUCAGGGACAAGAUUGUAGACCUACACAAGGCUGGAAUGGGCUACAAGACCAUCGCCAAGCAGCUUGGUGAGAAGGUGACAACAGUUGGUGCCACUAUUCGCAAAUGGAAGAAACACAAAAUAACUGUCAAUCUCCCUCGUCCUGGGGCUCCAUGCAAGUUCUCACCUCGUGGAGUUGCAAUGAUCAUGAGAACGGUGAGUAAUCAGCCCAGAACUACACGGGAGGAUCUUGUCAUUGAUCUCAAGGCAGCUGGGACCAUAGUCACCAAGAAAACAAUUGGUAACACACUACGCCAUGAAGGACUGAAAUCCUGCAGCGCCCGCAAGGUCCCCCUGCUCAAGAAAGCACAUAUACAGUGGGGGAAAAAAGUAUUUAAUCAGCCACCAAUUGUGCAAGUUCUCCCACUUAAAAAGAUGAGAGAGGCCUGUAAUUUUCAUCAUAGGUACACGUCAACUAUGACAGACAAAUUGAGGAAAAAAAUUCCAGAAAAUCACAUUGUAGGAUUUGUAAUGAAUGUAUUUGCAAAUUAUGGUGGAAAAUAAGUAUUUGGUCACCUACAAACAAGAAAGAUUUCUGGCUCUCACAGACCUGUAACUUCUUCUUUAAGAGGCUCCUCUGUCCUCCACUCGUUACCUGUAUUAAUGGCACCUGUUUGAACUUGUUAUCAGUAUAAAAGACACCUGUCCACAACCUCAAACAGUCACACUCCAAACUCCACUAUGGCCAAGACCAAAGAGCUCUCAAAGGACACCAGAAACAAAAUUGUAGACCUGCACCAGGCUGGGAAGACUGAAUCUGCAAUAGGUAAGCAGCUUGGUUUGAAGAAAUCAACUGUGGGAGCAAUUAUUAGGAAAUGGAAGACAUACAAGACCACUGAUAAUCUCCCUCGAUCUGGGGCUCCACGCAAGAUCUCACCCCGUGGGGUCAAAAUGAUCACAAGAACGGUGAGCAAAAAUCCCACAACCACACGGGGGGACCUAGUGAAUGACCUGCAGAGAGCUGGGACCUAAGUAACAAAGCCUACCAUCAGUAACACACUACGCCGCCAAGGACUCAAAUCCUGCAGUGCCAGACGUGUCCCCCUGCUUAAGCCAGUACAUGUCCAGGCCCGUCUGAAGAUUGCUAGAGUGCAUUUGGAUGAUCCAGAAGAGGAUUGGGAGAAUGUCAUAUGGUCAGAUGAAACCAAAAUAGAACUUUUUGGUAAAAACUCAACUCGUCGUGUUUGGAGGACAAAGAAUGCUGAGUUGCAUCCAAAGAACACCAUACCUACUGUGAAGCAUGGGGGUGGAAACAUCAUGCUUUGGGGCUUUUGCAAAGGGACCAGGACGACUGAUCCGUGUAAAGGAAAGAAUGAAUGGGGCCAUGUAUCGUGAGAUUUUGAGUGAAAACCUCCUUCCAUCAGCAAGGGCAUUGAAGAUGAAACGUGGCUGGGUCUUUCAAUAUGACAAUGAUCCCAAACACACCGCCCGGGCAACGAAGGAGUGGCUUCGUAAGAAGCAUUUCAAGGUCCUGGAGUGGCCUAGCCAGUCUCCAGAUCUCAACCCCAUAGAAAAUCUUUGGAGGGAGUUGAAAGUUCGUGUUGCCCAGCGACAGCCCCAAAACAUCACUGCUCUAGAGGAGAUCUGCAUGGAGGAAUGGGCCAAAAUACCAGCAACAGUGUGUGAAAACCUUGUGAAGACUUACAGAAAAUGUUUGACCUGUGUCAUUGCCAACAAAGGGUAUAUAACAAAGUAUUGAGAAACUUUUGUUAUUGACCAAAUACUUAUUUUCCACCAUAAUUUGCAAAUAAAUUCAUUAAAAAUCCUACAAUGUGAUUUUCUGGAUUUUUUUCUCUCAUUUUGUCUGUCAUAGUUGACGUGUACCUAUGAUGAAAAUUACAGGCCUCUCCCAUCUUUUUAAGUAGGAGAACUUGCACAAUUGGUGGCUGACUAAAUACUUUUUUCCCCCCACUGUACAUGCCCGUCUGAAGUUUGCCAAUGAACAUCUGAAUGAUUCAGAGGAGAACUGGGUGAAAGUGUUGUGGUCAGAUGAGACCAAAAUGGAGCUCUUUGGCAUCAACUCAACUCGCUGUGUUUGGAGGAGGAGGAAUGCUGCCUAUGACCCCAAGAACACCAUCCCCACCGUCAAACAUGGAGGUGGAAACAUUAUGCUUUGGGGGUGUUUUUCUGCUAAGGGGACAGGACAACUUCACCGUAUCAAAGGGAUGAUGGACGGGGCCAUGUACCGUCAAAUCUUGGGUGAGAACCUCCUUCCCUCAGCCAGGGCAUUGAAAAUGGGUCGUGGAUAGGUAUUCCAGCAUGACAAUGACCCAAAACACACGGCCAAGGCAACAAGGGAGUGGCUCAAGAAGAAGCACAUUAAGGUCCUGGAGUGGCCUAGCCAGUCUCCAGACCUUAAUCCCAUAGACAAUCUGUGGAGGGAGCUGAAGGUUUGAGUUGCCAAACGUCAGCCUCGAAACCUUAAUGACUUGGAGAAGAUCUGCAAAGAGGAGUGGGACAAAAUCCCUCCUGAGAUGUGUGCAAACCUGGUGGCCAACUACAAGAAACGUCUGACCUCUGUGAUUGCCAACAAGGGUUUUGCCACCAAGUACUAAGUCAUGUUUUGCAGAGGGGUCAAAUACUUCUUUCCCUCAUUAAAAUGCAAAUCAAUUUAAAACAUUUUUGACAUGCAUUUUAUGGAUUUUGUUGUUGUUAUUCUGUCUCUCACUGUUCAAAUAAACCUACCAUUAAAAUUAUAGACUGAUCAUUUCUUUGUCAGUGGGCAAACGCACAAAAUCAGCAGGGGGAUCAAAUACUUUUUUCCCUCACUGUAUGUGCUCUCUUGAUUAAUUCACAGGCAAUUAAAAUUGAGUGAAUUUCCCUCCUUGUUUUUCUUUUACAGGUGGACAAGGUUGGACUGCCAGUGUGCGUUGACAUGUGCAUACGGGCUCUACAGUUGGAAUCAAGUGAUGGAAACACCAAGGCCACCAUUUGCAAAACCAUCUCCUGUUUGCUGCCCACUGAUCUGGAGAUAAAGCGGGCCUGCCAGCUGACACAGUUCCUCCUGGAACCCACGGUGGACUCUUACUAUGCCGUGGAGACUCUGUACAACGAGCCAGACCAGAAGCUGGAGGAGGAGAGUCUUCCUGUGCCCAACUCGCUCCGCUGUGAGCUCCUGCUGGUGUUCAAGACCCAGUGGCCUUUUGACCCUGAGUUCUGGGACUGGAAGACACUGAAGCGUCACUGCCUGACCCUUAUGGGCGAGGAGGCCUCCAUUGUGUCGUCCAUUGACUUACUGAAUGACAAUGAGAUCCCAGAGACCCCUGAGGAGGAGGACGACACAGCCCAGGGUGAGGAAGUGUUCAGAGACGUCACAGACUACUUCAUGGACACCACACAUGAACUGAAUGAAAUAACCGAUAAAAGACAGAAAAUCAGAGAGACAAAGAAACUGAGAGAGAAAGGGUUCAUCUCUGCCAGGUUUCGAAACUGGCAGGCAUAUAUGCAGUACUGUGUUCUGUGUGACAAGGAGUUUCUGGGACACAGGAUUGUACGUCAUGCACAGACUCACUACAAAGGUGGACUUUAUAGCUGCCCGAUAUGCGCUGAGACGUUCACCUCAAAAGACACAUUGGAACCACACGUGGCAUCACAUGUAAAGCUAUCAUGCAAGGAAAGAUUAGCUGCAAUUAAAACUAAUAAAAAAUUGGCUAAUCCCAAAACAGCUGCUCCUGUUAUUGCAGCUCUGAAAGCUAAGACUGAAAAUCUACUUUGGACAAAAGAUGCAAACAGCGAUUCCCAAGAACACAAUGGCGAGUCGCUUCAGACAGAAUCAAUUCAGACCAAAGUCUCUGGACUUAUGACAGAAAGCAGCACUGAGGAAAACACAUGCCCUGUCGCAAACUGCAAAAAGGGAUUCAAGUAUUUCCGAAAUCUUCUUGUCCAUGUGAAAGCACAUGGAAAUAACGAUGAAGCAAAGCGCUUCCUUGAAAUGCAGAACAAAAAGGUGAUUUGUCAGUAUUGUCGUCGCCAGUUUGUUAAUGUCACCCACCUUAACGAUCAUUUGCAAGUGCACUGUGGUGUCAGACCUUACAUUUGCAUACAGUUAAACUGCAAGGCCAGCUUUCUCUCCAACACAGAGCUGCUUGUACACAGAAAAGAACAUGUCAUAUUUAAAGCCAGAUGCAUGUUUCCUAGAUGUGGUAAGAUUUUCAAUGAAGCCUACAAGCUUUACGACCAUGAGUCACAGCAUUACAAAACGUUCACCUGCAAAGUCCCUAACUGUGGUAAAGUGUUCCAUUCUCAGUCACAGUUGGAUCUGCACCAGGAGGAACAUGUCGCAAAAGUGGAGGAAUACUCAGCUACAGACUCUGACCUUUCUCAUUUUCUGGACCAGAGGAUGCUUUCUGAUCAGGCUUCCUUCUCAGAGGAUGUUGAGGCUUCUCAUCCACCAGCAUCUGUUGAGGUGAAGCACUCGAUUGACAACCUGCUGAAUGCUUCUCAAGGUCCUGUUCAGAAUGAUCGACGAUACAUUAUUCAAAGUGAGCCACCAGUAAAAGAACUGUACCCAUGUUCAGAAAGCUCUGUUAUUCGGUCUACCACAAAUGCACAAACACAUGACCCAAAUCAGCUGAGACAUAGACCCCAAGACCCCUCAGAGACUGCUGCAUAUGACUAUAUGAGACCCACACCACAUAAUCCUCCAUUAGCUUCAUACCAAUAUCCUGGGGAUUUGCAUCAUGCCCAACAACCAAGUGUGUUUCAAGGUCAGGUCCAGAGUUUUCUCAAAGGUGGAAAUUAUGAAUCCAGGAACUACAAUUCUGACUACCAAGUACCAGUGCAAGAACUACAACAACCACACAUGUCUGUUAACAACAUGUCAGCAGCAAGCCAGACCUCCCAUUACAUGUCAACUCCAAUGCCUCAAAUUCUCCCAUCUGUCUCUCACACACUUCUUCCACUAGUAACUCGUUUGCCAGCCAUUGGUUGCAGAACAGAGAAUACACGGUGCCCGUUACCUAGCACUCCUGCCCUACAGCAACACCCAUUACCAACUACUCCUGCCCCACAGCAACACCCAUUACCAACUACUCCUGCCCCACAGCAACACCCAUUACCAACUACUCCUGCCCCACAGCAACACCCAUUACCAACUACUCCUGCCCCACCCCAAGGAGAGAAAGAGAGACACCACUGUGCUUUGGAGACAUGCGAUCGCAACUACAGCUCCUAUAGAAGUGUUACCAAGCAUAUGAAAGCAGCUCACCCAGAGUUUUAUACAGAAUGGAAACUUGUUAAGAGAAAAACAAGGGAACAUGAAAAAGCAAGGAAAGCUGCCCCGUCAAGUGUGCCUCUGAUUGGGAACCGUAACUCUGUUGCUCCACUACAACAUCAACAGGCUAAUGGUGUCCCAGUUCACAGCCACAAUGUCAUUCAGCCACCCCCAUACCCAAACUCAAACCAGUCUUACACUUCCCAUUCAGCUGCUGUCCAAAGCCAGGCUUUCCCCAACCAAAUGGACAAUAUACUAGAUCCCAUUGUACUCUCCCAGCUAGAGAACAAUCCCAAUCAAUAUCCACCACCUAGUAUGCCAUGGCAACAAACACCAGGAAACAACCAAAACCAGAAUUGUUAUCACUCACAAGUAUAUCCCUCCUCAAACCUGCAAGGGAUGCCACAAAUGGAUGCUGUUGGUGGAGGAAUGAAUGUUCAUGUUAUUCCAUCCCGUCAUAUGAUACGACCUAAUAUGGAAAGGCCAGCAGAGUCACUGCUACCAACAACUAUGGAUAAUGUUCUUCAGCCUGUUUUCCCCUCUUAUGUGGACAUUCUGAAAGACUCAAGUCUCUCAAAUCAGCUGGGAAAUGCUGCACUUCCCUACACACCGCAGACUCAAAGUAAUUCAUGUUCUAAUUUCAAUUCCCCUGAAAGGAGUAGAGGAAUGCAGAAAACCAACAUGGAAUCGCAUGUCCUUGCCGGAAACAAAUUGCUAGCAAGAAACAACAGUGAAUCUCAAGAUGGCACCAAAAACUCUGAAAAAAAUCAGAUGGGCAAAAAAGUCAAGCGUAACAAAAGAACAAAGUGGCCUGCCAUUGUUAAAGAUGGAAAGUUCAUUUGCUCUAGGUGUGGUAGAGAAUUUACAAAUCCCAAAUCACUUGGUGGCCAUUUGUCCAAGCGUUUACACUGCAAAGCCUAUGACACUGACCUCCUGACAACAGACUUACCUUCAUCAUUUCUUGAUCUUCUCAAUUCAGAGCAACUUCUCAAUACUCAGCCCCCAUCAUCUUCACUGUAUAACCCUGCUGCACCGUAUGCAAAUGACAGCCAACAACCUGAUGAGAUUCUUAAACAAAUUAUGGAUACUCCAAAUAUUCCCAAUAUGUUUGAGCCCUCAGCGAUUCCCCAGCCAACGUUCCAAAAUCCUUAUGGCCCCUAUGGACCUGGUGGACGCUUGCCAGAAAGCACAGUCAUACAGCACACAGGAAAUAUCCAAGUGAAGACAGAAAAUGAAUCGUAUACAGAUGGAUAUCAUCAGCAGUCAUGUGACCCUGGGUUUGGCAGUAGUGCAUUCUAUGAGCCACUUAUCACUCAGGUGCUUGCAGAAACCAACCCUACCGUCUCACUUCACAGACUUCCCACAGACCAUAUUGAUAAUUUACUCAGAGCAGAAACACUGAUGAAGAUGAAAGAAGUGAAGGGGAAUUCUGAUUCUGCCUCCAAUUCGGGAGGGUUGUCUAAUGAUGGACUUCUGGCUGCAAUGGCCAGUUUGGCACAAAACCUUAUGACAAACCCCAUGUUGCAGAUCACUUCACCAGACCCUCAGCCUCAUAACAGUCCAGCAGCAACAAGUAGCAAACCGGUGGAGACACGGAGGAAGAGUACGGAACAUAAUGUCAAGAAAAGGUUGCGUGAACAGAUUUUAGCUGGAGACUUCCAAAGAAGAAGCGGUUUAUCUCGGACAAGCAGCACUGAAACACAUGCCAGUUUGAAUCCGUUGUCAUCCAAUCCAACAACAAAUGUUGUACAACAUUUUGGAGUACGUCAAAGUCCUCAGCCUUCCAAGAUGAUUGAUCACGGAAUCCCCUCUGUAUCAUCUGCCCAAAUGAACGGAGCAGCCCCCAUGAAGAGUUUUACUCAUUUCAGAGAGGCUUCCUCUCAACACCACGAGGCACCUGCACCUACCAACAUUUUUGCAAACGAUGUUGAUCUUGGUCCUAAUCUAACACCUGCAAACCAACAACACUGGAUGAUGGACAUUCAGACUGCAUUAGAGAGGCUAGACUUAGACAAACAACAGGUGUGUGAUUCUGCUCCAACAUAUUCCUCCACAAAACCUAGCUGCACUGAUAUUUCCAAUGAUACUGAAUCAUUCCAGCCUAAUGUCUCAACAGAGAAGGAUACACAUAUUCCUGAUGGCUGUAGAAAGCUGUUUGCCUGUGAGAGUGACAACUGCACAUACAGGGCCAUGACAAAAGAUGCCAUUUUAAAACAUCUCAUCAAGACUCACAAGUACACUAAUGAGAUGAUAAAUUCGAUGAAGAAAAACCAUGGGAAAUUUGCCCCAUUCUCUUGUCAAAUGUGUGAUAAAACCUUUACCCGAAAUUCAAACCUUAAGGCACACUGUCAGACAGCUCACAGAUUGACACAGCAGGAGAUUGCAGAACUAAUCAUGAAGCGCAAGUCAAGUAACACGGUUGGAUUUGCUAAUAACGAAGACAAACCAAGUGUGCAUUCAGAGCCUCCUUUGUCUGGUCAGAUUGCCACAGCGCCCCACUCAAUAAUGGAGAAUAUUAGACGUCAAAAUUCACUCCCGGAUGUGAGCCAAAAUCAAGAUGUGACUGUAAAAAAGUUGUUUACUUCAGGAGCAAGGAUAAAACAAGACUACCACCCACAGCCUUUCAAACAGCAGACUUCUCAAGGCAUAGCUGACCCGAGAUAUCAGGAUAAUAGCCUCUCCGUGGGAAUGCAACCAAUGCAAAGGAUACCCAUGCAUGAUCAGACUCCAUUAAUGCUAAUGUCUGAAUAUCAAAUGAACGCACACUGCUCGACAAUACCCCAACAGCCCUUAAUGACCGCUCCUGAUGCAGAUCAAUGGUCAAACGGACAACACAUACCAGUUCCAUCUAGGCCUAUGCCUACUCAUUUCAGUCAACAAUCUGAAGGCUAUCUGGCAGAAAGAGCUGAUUCAAUGACACCGGCUCCAUCAGAUCCCCUUCAGGUUUGUGCUCCCUUGCUAGAAAAGACACCCAAAAUCAAGCAGCAGAGAGGACCAAAGCCUAAAGUAGAAAAGCCUAAAGUAGAAAUUCCCAAGAAGACGAAAGAGAAGAAGUCUGAGGCAAAUGAUUCUUUCAGUCCAUACAGGCCAUAUCGCUGUGUUCAUCAAGGAUGUGCAGCAGCCUUUACAAUUCAGCAUAAUUUAAUCCUCCAUUACAGGGCUGUCCAUCAGUCUGCUCUGUCCACAUGUGAAAUGAACAAUGAGAAUGAUCAAAAUGAGGAACAGGAUGAGAAAAAGGACAUCAAGCAGGAGGGGGUUACAGAGGAGGAACCAGAGGUUGACGUAAACGAGGUAACAGAAUUCAGAUGUCAAGUGAGCGACUGCUCCAGAGUAUUCCAAGAUGUUCCGAACAUGUUGCAGCAUUACCUCCAGCUUCACAAGUUCAGCCUGGAUAAAGCAGGAUCUCUAAUGUCCAACAUCAACCUAGGCAGAUUCCGUUGUGAUCAGCAAGGGUGCACAGCAUCCUUCAUUGCUUUCUGGAAGUACAUCGGACAUAUUGAAAAAGAACAUGACAAGGCAAAACUCGCCAAAAUGGAACCUGUGGAUGGGAUGUUCCAAUGUGAUGUCGAAGGCUGUGACCGUGCUUACGCUACAAAGUCAAACCUGCUGAGGCACACCAUGAAAAAGCAUCAUGACCUUUACAAACUCCAACUGAUGAACCAACGGAAAAGUGAAGAUUGUGAGAAACCUGACUCCAAGAAUUCACAUUACCAAAUAACUAAAUCAAGCGAUGGGAAAGAAAACAUAGAGAGCAACAAAAAGAUUACACAAAAGGGAGGUGACAAAAAGAAAACUGACAAAACAGAGACAAAUAAUUGGACGAAAUAUGGAAAACCCUCCUUGAAAACUAAGGAUGAAGCGUCUGCAAUGUGCAUAAAGAAAUGCAAGUUGCAAUACCCCUGCAUGAUAAAGGGCUGUGAUUCAGUGAUGAAGUCCGAACGGAGCAUCAUGAAGCACUACAUGGGGCACGGACUGUCCGAGCGAUACUUAGAAGAGCAGAGAAGCCACUUCAUAUUCUGCAAGAAAUACCCAAGACGUAGAAACCUCCGCACUGCCAGGAGCGAUGACUCUAAGUCUGAGACCUCCUCAGACAUAUCCGACAGUGAGGACACAGCAGACACAGGCUUAGAAGGAAGUGAGUUUGACGAGUAUUCAAAACCUGUGUUACGGAGAAAGGGGAAGGGCGAACUGUCUGACACCAAACCUUCUUACGAUGAAAGUUCAGAAACUGCAUCUGAUGGCUCUGUGGUGGUGAAACGUAAGAGAGGAAGUCCACGGAAAAGUGUUUUUGAAAAAAUUGUAAAACGCAAGAGGCUGACAAGGAGUAAUGCGGUUUACUGUGGAGAAAAUGGAUCCGACUAUGACUCCUCUAGUACUACCCUUACCCAGGAUGAAAUUAACGAUCAAAGUGAAACAUUGACCUCCUUUAAGCCCAUGGGAUUUGAGGUGUCUUUCUUAAAGUUCUUGGAGCAAUCAAGCCCAUCUAAAAAUAUUUUGAAGAAGAGGAUUCGACUGAGAAACGCUACAGUGUUGUGCAAAAGAUCAGACACAUACUUGCACUACCCAAAAGGCUUUGAUACCCUUGAGUUCAGGAACCCUCAGAAGCUGACGUCACUUAAAAAUGUAAAAAUUGUAGUGGACAAAGCCUUUUCGGAUGUUGCUGAUACUCUGCUGAAGCAGCUCCAGGAAAUGCGACCCACAGUAAUAUUAGAGAAAUAG